AUGAAUCGCUCUCCAUCGUACGAUGGCCGUUCAGGCUCUCGUGGUAGUCACCUCAACAGCAGCGCAUUCAGUCCUAACGCCAACCCAAACGAGGACUGGACCAAGAUCUCGGAUCUCGCAGAGCGUCGGCGCAUCCAAAACCGUAUUGCGCAACGCAACUAUCGCAAGAAACUGAAGCGCCGCUUGGAGGAUCUCGAGAGACGAGCUGCAACUUCUGCUUCGCCCGAGCAAUCCCACGCAGAGCCGGUCUCUCCUCCGUCGCCAAAGACUCGAACAAAGCCGCGCUCCAAAGUCACAGAUGUCAAGCCCCACUCGCAAUCAGACCGAGCUGCCUCGUACGACUACUAUUCCCCCGAGGACCGCCAAACCAUGUUCGCCCAGCAGUGCACUCGCCAGCUUUCGGCCUCACCCCCACCGGUCUUCUCCUACCCAUCUAUGGCAUCGUAUGACACCUACCGGCCGUCCUACGCCCAGCCUCCGAUCUACCACGCGGCGCCGAGCACCUACAGCGAAAUCGCCUACCAGGCCGAAUAUGGCGAGCAGCUCCCCUCGCUGGUGCCGAUGCUGCCCUCGAUGCAAGCCCGCAAACUGGCCUACGACGACGACCUGAUCAGUCCGUUCAGCAUGAGCUACGCAACCAUGGCCGGGAUCGACCUGUGCCAACAGCAAGCCCAAGCGCAGGCCCAUUCUCAACACCAGUCUUCGGCGCUCCCGAUGCCAGCGCUUGCAUACUACGACCAACGAGCACCGUCGACGUCACCGGAGACAUCUAUUUUCACAUUCCCGCUCACACCGGAAUCAGGCCCCUGCUCGCCGCGCUCCAUGCAUGGCCUGUAUGAGUACGAUCUACGGCCGUAA